AGCUUCCAGAAACUCCCAUCCUCGUCAGUCCGCGCAGCCCUUGCUCGCCGCUAUCGACUUCAUAACGUCCGACUACGUCUCCCACGGCAGCGGACCCUCUGUCAUUGCGGUACGCUCGUUGGUUCGUCAAACAACCAUCCAGGGAUGCGCAGAGCCCUCUGAUCGCCCAUAGGCCACUGUCGCCACUGCGCGACGCCAAAAUCGGCAGCCAUGGCUAAGUUCUCUGAGACUGCUCGCGAGCGGGAGCUUUUCAGAUACGAGGCGUCUGCAAUAUCCGGCACAAUCCCCUCCGUUCUUGGUGUGCCGCCAAUAGCUCCCCUCACGCAGCACGCGCCGUUCCAGCAUGAUCCCAUCCUCACCUCGCUAGCGCAGCUCUGCGUCUUGCGCCUGGAAGCCGCCUGCGCGUACGUUUCCUUCUUCGAAACACAGUCGCAACAUGUCGUAGCCUGUGCGGGCAGAACCUCCAGCAUCUUCGACGCCGCGCCAGAGACGGAUCUUCUCGACCUAUGCGGCAAGGCAUUCCCGCGAAACUCGUCCAUAAGCGAGCAUGUCCUCCAACUCGAAGAUAUCGUUGUUGACGCAAGCAUGCCACAGGCAUACCGUGGUCAACACCUGCCAGUCUCGCAUGUCUCAGACCUCGCCAAUGACCCGCGAUUCGCUCAGCACCUGUUCGUAGUAGGCAAACCUGGGAUGCGCUGGUAUGCUGCCGUCCCUAUCAAGUCGCCGCGCGGAGCAAAUAUUGGUGUCCUGAGUAUCUAUGAUCCGCAACCAAAAACCGAGGACAAUAUUCUUCCUGACAAUGCCGCUCGGGCUCUCCGCGAGGCAUCAUGCGCCAUCACUCAGCACAUGGUUCUGCAGCGUGCAAGCGACGGCCUCCGCCGUAACGAAAGAAUGGUGCGAGGGCUCGGAAGUUUUGUUGAAGGGAGCUCCGGGUUGGCAUUCUCUGAGAAGUCGGACAACGUUGCGUCCUUUGAAGACGCUGGCACGGAGGGUUCGUUGAAUGCCCGCCAGCAAUUUCUACAGAGGAGAGCGACAGAUGAGGACCUGACUAGCCGGGAGCUCUGGGAUAAGAUUAAGGAACCCGAGCCCUCAUCACAGACGUCUUACUUUGCGCAACAGUACCGCGCUCCUAGUAUGUCGGGUUCUCCGCCCUUGAGUACUGGCUCUGUGCCACCCUUUGUGCCAAGCACCACCGGCAUAUCUACUGGCAGCAUCAUAACCGUGGGCUCCGAAGCGUCAGACGAGGACCCCCUCGCCGCCGUCAAGACGAUAUUCUCGAAGGCUGCCAACGUCAUCAGGGAGUCACUCGAGGUAGAGGGAGUAUUGUUCCUUGAUGCUAGCAUUGGCUCAUUUGGUGGCAUGGUUGCCACAGACGACAAGAUACAUUCAUCAAGAUACGCCACUGACGUACCAAGAUAUUCUUCGAGCAGCGAGAGUAGUACAGACAGUCUCGACGAGCGUUUCAUGCAGGAGACACAGAAGCGGUGCAGCGUUUUCGGAUUCUCGACGAGUGAUCACUCAAGUGUUGACAGUGACACCGCAUCCUCGUUUCACACGCAUGUUCCGGAGAGGCUGCUGAGCACUUUGCUCAGGCGAUACCCUCGUGGUCGAAUAUUUCAUUUUGGCACCGACGGGACCAUCAGUUCGGGAGAUUCAGAAGAGGAGAAGCUCCGUACCACCAACGUGGAGGAUUUCGCGGAGAAGACCGAUGGUCAGACUACGGCUCAGGAUAGCCCAACCAGGCGCAAAGCAUCCUCCCGCCCGUGGUCUAGACGAAAUGAAGGGAAAUCGGUCUUCAAGAUAAUUCCCGAAGCUCGGAGCGCUAUCUUCAUACCAUUGUGGGAUGCCAGCAAGGAGAGGUGGUAUGCGGGUGGUCUCGUCUGGACAAGGACACCGGCACGUCUUUUCACCAGGGAAGGCGAGCUGAGCUACCUGCAAGCCUUCGGCACUACCAUCAUGUCGGAGAUCAUGCGUUCCGAUGCUCUCACAGCAGACAAAGCGAAGUCGGAUGUGCUAGGAUCACUUAGCCAUGAACUACGAUCACCUUUACAUGGUGUCCUGGCUGCUGUCGACCUCCUCCGCGGCGAGACACUCAAUGCCUUUCAGGCCGAUUUGUUACAUUCGCUCGAGUCGUGUGGCCGCACGUUACUAGACGUCGUCAAUCAUCUUCUCGACUACAGCAAAGUCAACACUUAUCUCAAAGAGUCACGAGACAAUCGCCACAACGACAAAGGCACCAGGCCAGGGCCAUCACCCAGUCAAACUGUAACCGGACCACGCAGUUUGAGUACGGUAGUUCACCUUGACGUCCUUGUGGAAGAAAGUGUCAACAGCGCUUUUGCCGGCCAUGCGUUCCAGAUGCUGUCCAUAGCGCAAACGGGCAGCCAGAAGACCACACAUGAUGCUGAUGUCUUGGCGAUGCGAAAGCUCGACAUCAUGGAUGCCAUGGAGAGCUUCGGACAUCAAGGCAAGAACACCUCUGACCAUGCGGCUCGACUUGGCAAAGUCUCCGUCUUCCUCCAGAUUGACCCUCGAGUAAAGUGGACUUUUUGUACCCAGUCUGGAGCUAUUCGACGGAUCCUGCUAAAUGUGUUUGGUAACGCGCUGAAGUACACUGAGCAAGGGUUCAUCUCCGUCUCGAUUCACCAAGAGACAGUUUACAGCAAGAACAAGAAUGCCAUAACGCGCCUCAAGCUGUCGGUCAUGGACUCAGGGAAAGGGAUCAAUCCUCAAUUUCUCCAGCAAAAGCUUUUCACGCCCUUUGCCCAAGAAGACAGGCUUGCUCCUGGUACAGGCUUAGGAAUGAGCCUCGUAAAACAAAUCGUUCGUACGCUUUCGGGAAGCCUCACCGUCGAAAGUCAGGUUGGCGUAGGCACCUGUGUGCGAGUAUCCAUUCCAUUGCAGAGUGCAGCCUCAUCAGUAGACCAAGACGGCGGCUUCCAAGAGCAGAAGGACGCCCUUCGCGGGCUUCGAGUCUCGAUUGCCGGUUUGGAUCAUCCCAUACGGCUCAAUUCGAAGCGUCACGCCAUUCCCGGUUUCACACCUCCCCUGCCCUCAGAGAUGAUGAAGACCAUCUGCUCUGACUGGCUCCAGAUGGAGGUAGUGGAAUUAGGUAACCACGACGUCCGCCCUGAUCUGAUCCUCUGUGGGGAAGACGGCCUGUUCGAUGUGACCCGCGAAGGCAGCCUCUCUGAGAAGCUGACGCCUACAGUUGCCAUCUGUUCAGACGCUGUCACUGCGCACAGAUAUAGUAUCCAAUCCGAACAAGCUAAUGCCGGCCGCAUCAUCGAGUAUAUCUCUCAGCCCGUCGGGCCGCGCAAGCUCGCCAAAUCAUUAGAGGUGGCCCUCAACAGGUGGAUAGAGUUUGCCAAAUCGUCACCCUCUGAAGCAGGAGAGGGAGGGAUCAUUCCUUCGACACCUGGGGCUUCUGAUCUUGUACUAGCGGUAGCUCAGCGUGAAGAGGCCUCUGACAAGGCGAAUGAGAUGGUGCUCAGUCUCAACCGAAGAAAUGGCACGGAAGAGCCAUUGAGCCUGAUCAAAGAGUCUUCAGAAGGCGAGGAUGGCCGGACGCCGACUCUGCAGGCAGAAGAUAAAUCCCUCGCGGCCGAAAGUUCGGUAACCACUAGUGCAAGGCCGCAGGAGCAGACUCAGGGAGAUGGGGAGUCUGGUAAUACUGACGCCACGAGCCAGGAAGCUCCACUUUCGCCAGCAGACACCUUUCUCCUGGUCGACGACAACAAAAUCAACCUACAGAUUCUCGUUUCUUUCAUGAAAAAGCUGCAGCUCCCGUAUCAAACCGCGAGCAAUGGUCUCGAGGCAUACGAGCGCUACAGGGAAUCGCCGCGGAACUAUCGCUGCAUUUUGAUGGGUAAAAACUCCGUCGGUCCCACCAAUAUGUACAAGCUAACGGGCAUUUGUGCCAACCCAGACCUCUCGAUGCCAGUUAUGGAUGGACUAGGCGCGUGCCGGCGUAUACGCGAGUUUGAGCGCGACUACAAGCUUAAGAGCACGACAGUUGUGGCUUUGACGGGGCUUGCCUCGGUAGAGACACAGCGCGACGCCUUUGCCAGCGGCAUGGACCUGUUCUACACGAAACCGGUGAAACUGAAAGACCUGUCGGCAGCAAUAUCGGAGCGAAAGUUGUGAGGCAAGCAAGAGAUGUGCUUACACAAGGCCAUGCCGGGAGCGACAUCCACAAAUUACUGCUUUUCAUCUGUGAUAUGAUAUUAUGGAAGCUUCUAGGAAAUGUUUUCGGGGUUUUAGCUCUGGAAAGAUAGCAUGGCGUUUGGGAAAAGCAUGACUGGUCAGCAUUUAUUAGAAUCACGGCCACGGUCAUCUGGUUUUGGUAUUAUCGUAAUGCUCAUAUACGGUGCGCUUGGCAAAGAAACACGAUGCCCAAUGAA